AUGGUUCCUACAAUAAUGACCGCUUUAGCGGACAUGGAUGAUCUGAUGGAUGAGAAAACGACGAACAUGAAUGGCGAAUUCCAGUUGGCAGGUUGGACGAAGGAAUACACCACGAUUGACCCUAAGCUGAGUAUUUACCACGACUGUAAUGACGGUAUCAAGCCUUGUCAACGAAAGUUCUCCAUCCUGAUCCCGGACAGUUACGUUAGCCACGGCAAAGUGCCGAGAAAGGUUCGUGUUCUAUGA